UCCACCUACCCCCCGUUAUCGUACGUCCACAUUGUUCAGCAUACGGCAGUAGACACCGACGGUAAGAUGGAAGGGCGCGACCACCAGGCGAUGCAAAGAAAAUAUCAAGAGAUGGUCGCGGACCUGGACAAGAUCGACGCACAGCUUGUUCGAAAAGCCGCGGAGUUGUGCACCAAAGCGUGCAUAGGCAGCACCAGCCUCAGCAACAGCGAGGUAGUGAACGCGUGCAUGCUAAGGUGCGAGGCGUCCCGCCCAGUCUUGGACCAGACGGUUCAGCAGGAGCUGACCAAUCUACAGGGCCUCAUGCAGCUGUGCGCGUUGGACUGCGCCGACAAAAUGGCCGUCGCCGUUCCACCGGGGACCAAGGAGGGCGACCCCGUCAUGCAGCAAGGCGCGUUGCAGAACAUGGAGUGCACAGCGGCGUGUGCCUCCAAGUCAGUCGUGCUGAUGUCAAGCACGCUGGCUAAGAUUACGGCGGCAGCACAUGAAGCGGCGAAAAAGGCGAAUAAAUAGCUUAAGGUUACAACACUGAAGAGAGCCCUCCACAUAAAAACCUGGUAGAACACAAAACGUCCGGUAGGCCAAUUGAAGGCCAUUCCUUGAUUUUGAGACAGGUUUGGGUUAUUUAGUUUUUGUUUCCCGGCCGUAUAUCAGUAGUUGUCACGCGGAGAUAUCAGAAGGGAGGUUGUUUUCGAGGUCGAGGCUCGAUUUUUUUUUGCUUCGUCGCUACCGUCCGUGCAGCAGGUUAGUUUAGAAAGUAAUUCUUCGUCACUUCUACGUAGUAACGAGAGUUUAGCGUUCGACCCACCGCUGGGCUGUGUUUCUUACGUUGGCGAGACGAUCGGAACCUCUGUCUACCGGCGCCAGCUGCUGCGCUUGGACGACGCACAGCUUGCGACCAAGAAAGCAAUUGCGAUUCUUUCACGGUGACGUUUUUUUGACGUUUUGACGAGCAAGGAAGAUAUGGGGGGAGGUCAGGCCAGGGUAGUUUGUGAUGUAACACCAACAACACUAGUAAUCAUUGCUCGUGUUCAUGCUCCAAGCUUUAUUAGGAGACAUACAGCAGUAUGCAUAAAUACGCACACAGAAAGACUACCCGUUCGAGAUAUAGCCACAGCAGUCGAACGGGAUGUGGUGGAGUCUUCACAGUGGAGGAAAACCGACUAGGUACUGGACUUGUUUCUGUGUACAAGGAACUCAGUACUCCGAAGCACGGCAUGCUAAAAACUAGAAGUAGGAGUUAAGAGAUCCAUUCGUUGGCGUGAUGGGGUACGAAACCUUUCUUUCGGAGAGUGCCAUGGUAGAACAGAUACGGCGUACAACAUGUGCAUAGAGCGGCAGGGACAAGCACGUACGUAUUUAUUUGCGAGCCAUCGGGUGUGAUCCGGGGUGCAUAAAAGAAGCCGAUACAACUUGAGCAUGGUGAUAGAGUUCGCGUUGCCUCUUUCAGUAACUUGCCGAAGAUCUCUUUUUUGCGAAUGGUCCUGAUCUUUGGGGGCAGGCACACCAUUGGUAUUCAUACCUCGCUGUUCGGAAACACAACGAAGGGCCAUUCGAAUACUAAUAUAGCUAUUUGUUGUGACUCUCCCAGUGAGUUCUCUGUUUUGAGCGU